GGGAGCGAGCAGCAGAGUGGCGGGUAGGCAGGAGCGCAGCCUGUCGCUGGGCAGCCGCAUGCCGCCACGCUUGACGAUCCAUUUUCUCACUGUGUAAUCCGACAGGCGGCCUCCCACUAAAUUGCCGACCAAGAACCCGAUGCCCGGGGCAAGAUAGAACAGGCCACUGCUCACCGGUGUGGUGAGGUUGAAGCGCGGGGCGACGGAGCUGCGGAUCGACGAGAGCAGACUGUAUAGAUUAAAGCUUGCGAGACCACAAGAGAGGUGCUGUUUCGUGCGCGGAUAGCAGCCAUAGUUAGUCUAUUGGUCCUGCUCUUGACAUUGGUCCCUUCUUUGCUGGUAUACACAUGAAGCUUUGUGAAAAGGAGGAGUUCUUACCGUUAGCACAACUCUUGGGUCCUUCAUAGGCCGAAACACAGCAACUGGAUUGAACAUCAAUAGAAUCUCGAGCGGCCCACGUCGAGCUGUUGGCUGGGCUUGGAUUUCUGAUGGAUGCUUUUGUGGUCCAUGGCCAGUCGCAGAAGGGACAAAGAAGAAACAUAGCACAAGCGCUGUGAAGGAUACGAGGGCCGAGGCACCAAAAAUGACCCGCCAACUGGUGACUGUCACGAUAAGAGCUCCGCUCAAAGGACCUGUUUGUUUAUUGAGAUUCCGUCGUGGUCAGAAUCCUGGAGUGGUACUGGGAGAGAAUAAGGGGCCAUGAGACUGUGCCUACCUAUUGCCUUUGCGAUUGUUGACAUGCCCAGAAUUAGACCUGUGGCAAACCCUCGAGUUGUCUAGGUGAUCCAAAGCGCCCCUCCCAAAGUCAGCCAUGCUGGCAAACAGCAAGCAAAGCGAGCCUCGACGGACCCCACAUGCAAAGAGGCCAGCGAGACGACCACUCACCGGCUCAAAGAUGUCAGACAAGAUGGUCUGGCCCGCGACUAGCAAGAAGGGGGUCGUCAGGCCGGAGAUGAGCCAAAAAGCCGUGAAAACCACCACGUUGGGCGCGAGUGCCGAGAUGAGCGAGCAGGCGCAGACGACGGCGUUUGCCACAAGAACGGCUGUCCGUCGGCCCAGGAGGACGCCGAGGGGCAUCCAUACAAAGACACAGAGGGCCAUGGCGCCAAACAUGCCGGCGUUUGCAGCAACCACCACGUGCUCGGCUGUCUGCAGAUCGGCGGACACCUCGGGGACUGCAGACAUGAUACAUGUGUUGUUGAAGUUGGAGGGGAACACGGCCACGCAGAUGGAGAAGAGAGCGAACCAUCGCUUCCAGCCGGGGAGUGGGAUUGCCGGCUUGUCAUCUAUCUGUACAGAGGUCUGCAGGGGAAUGGGGGCUUGAUCGGACGGCGGAAGUGCUGCUGCUGUGCGCCCUGCUUCGGUGUCGCUGUCUGCGGACGAAGACGCCGAGCUUGGGGCUGCAACCUUGACCGGAUGGUGGUCCGGUUGCGCGCGGACUAUGGCCAUGAUGUCGAAACCGAGAUUCUAAUCGAUUCACCGCGAGAUGCAUCUUGAAGGUAGGCAUUAUCCAAGACGGAAACCAAAUGAGUUCGUGUCAUAUAUAUCAUUGAUACACGGAGCCCAGGUCUCUCGGCCAAGGAGGCCGCCGUGAAUAUCCACAUUCCGGCAUAUUUUCUUUUCGCUAUGCGCAUUUCGAUUUGGAGCCCGCUAUCUUGCACAGCUGGAACGAUAUAGAGUACGGGAUUACGGCUGGUGAAUAAACACAGAAGGCGCGCCAUGGGUAAAAGAAAAUAGUAAAAAAAGAAGGGGGAUGGCUAAUCGGUGAAACCGCAGGUUCGCCGACAUAAUUAGUGGGCCUAGGUGCGUUUGGUGCAGUAUUCCUAGCUUGGCUCACGUAAUGAGCUCGGGGUUUGGUUGCGACUAUGCCGAACCGAUCUCGGGUCCAUUCGGUAAACUUUUAAAUGUUGCCGCGACAAGCCAGAAAAUACUGAUUACAGUCGAGUUCUGACUCAACUGGAUACAGCAGCUGCUUUGCGGAAAGAUGAUCCUUCGCCGACAAACAUUUAUGCUUGGUCACUGCGCAAUUCUUCUUCUUUUUGUUUAAAACAGUAAAGUUACAAAUAUCAGCCACCCCCCAGCCCAGUGGCAGUCAUUAAUGGCUUCCAGCACCGCACCAGAAGAUGCACCAAGUCCAACAACUUCGGUUUCAUCAAAAAGCAUCAGAAGGUCACAUAACAGGGCAAAACCGAUCGCCUGUAACCGAUGCCAUGCUCGAAAGGUGAAAUGCAGUGGCGGCCAGCCCUGUCAAAACUGCCAGCAGGGAGGCAAGGCCGACGAGUGUUCCUAUCCACGCCGUAACAGAAUGAUCAAAGUAAGCCAAAGAUACUUGGACGAUCUUGUAGCCGAAAACAAGAGCCUUCGCACUCAGGCUACCACCAGCAAGAGCGACAUCACUGCGACUCCUUCAGUAUGGCCAAGCAGCGCCAGGAAAGCUACCAGCCCGGGCGUCAGCACCACGCAAGCACCCGCGGUCGAUGAACGACCUUGGUUCAUCGAACUCGGCCGGCAGAGCCCCAUCUUGGUCAACGAGGCAGCAGAUGCCGUCUUUGCCACGCGUUUCCGCCAGGCUCUCCUCGGCGGCAAGCAUCACGGCCACAUCCCACGGGUCAACUUCGCAACCGACGAAAGUCUGUUGGCCUUGUCGGAUGCAGACUGCCCGUGGCCCAGUCCCGCCCGCGCCAGGUUCCUAGUCGACGUCGCAUUGAGCCACGUCAGCAGGUACUAUCACAUUGUUCGCCGGAGCGCCAUCCUCGAGAUUCUCCAGAAUGGCAUCCCCGGUAGCGGCGACUCUAUCACCAGGAGCAAGCUCUGGGUGCUCUUCGCCAUCGGAGAAAUGUACAGCUGCCGCGCAUCGAGGACCUUUCCCGGCAUCAAAUACUUUGCCAGGGCUACGAGGGUGCUCCGUAUCGUCAGCGAGCGGCCCAGCAUAUCUGAAGUAGAGCUCAGGUUGCUGCUGGUGUACUUUUCCCUGGCACUCAACCGCAGACACGCAGCCUACACUUUGGCCGGUUCUGCAGUGCGCCUGGCUGUCGUCAUGGGUCUGCACCUCAACGUUCCGCCGAGUCAGCUCGAGGACCCGGCGAUCCGGGAACACCGCGUUCGUGUUUGGUGGACGGCAUACCACUUCGACAGGCUGUGUGCCUCCAACCUUGGCACCCCAUAUGCGAUCGACACAGAGGAGGUACAAGUUGACCUGCCUGCUGAUCGUCCAGAGCUCGAAGGCACGCCCGCGGCCGGAGACUUUGCAGACGCGGCUUACAUCACUGCCCGCGUCAAGCUGACACGGGUGCUGGGUCGAAUCGUGCUGUCCAUCUACGGCAGGAGAACACACCGUGAGUCGCUGUCGCACAGGGUGCAGCAGGCCCUUAAGGAUCUGAGUGCAUGGGUCGAGGAGCUGCCGGCUCAUCUGCACAUUGAUGCCAAAGGGUCAGGGGCCUCGGAGCUGGUACCGAAGCCCAUCUCCCUCCGGCUUUCGCUCAACCAGGUCAUCAUAAACGCAACCCGUCCAGUCCUUCUACACGUCCUCAGAACACACGCCGCUUCGUGGGCGCCGGCCCUUCCCCCUGACUCGGACUCCCCAUACACAAGAUCCCAUGAGCACAGCCAGCAGCAGCUCCAAGACACGCCAGAGCAGGCUGUCCUUCCGGUGCCCAACAUCGUUUCCAAGAUCGGAGAGACAUGUAUCCGGUGCGCAAGACACUCAGUGCGGCUGCUGACCGAGGCUUGGGUCGACGGCAGUUUCAAGACCUUUAACUUUCUCUACAUUCAGAACCUGUUCUCGGCCGCCACUAUCCUCGCUAUCUCGCUGCUGAUGCCGGGCCAAGGCGAAGAGGACGACGACGAGCAGUUUGAGACGGCCGCCAACAUUCUUGCUCAGGUCAGGGACAGCGGUAGCUACUCGGGCCAGGAGUUUUGCCGCCACCUUGAGGCGAUGAGGGUCGCCAUGGACGAAGGGAGGCGCCGGAGGAAUCUUGCCGGUGAUGGCAGUAGCACUGGGCCACAGUCGACACCCACCGCUGCUGCUGCCGCCGCCGCCGCCGCUGGUCUCUCUUCCAUGUCAAUCAUGCAGCCUGGACACCAACAGCAGCAGCAGCCACCGCCGGUUCAGAACGCGUGGCCCAUAUCCAACGAGACGCCGAUGCUACCGUUGCUGGAGUCAUCACUGCAAGACCUGCUGUCGCAGUCGACACCGGAUCUGAACUUUAUCGAUGCCUCCAACUAUGGAGAAAGCGGGUAUGCACAAGGAAUGUACUGGCCCGAGUCGUGGGCCCCUGAUGGGUGGGGCGCUCAGCAAUAAACUCGGCGGGAAACACGAACCGAUUACCGAUAUAAUGUGGUAGACAGCCUUGCUGCUUAUUUAUAGAUUUUAAAGCUAAAAGCAUGAUAGAAACAUGAAAGUUGCACCUUUCUUUUUAUCCCAACGCAGAUUCUAUAGACUGGGAUCAUUUGUGAGGCGAGGAGUGUCUUGAUCAUUGAUUGGUAAGCUCUAAGUCUAUGACCAUAACCAAAACAUAAUAACAAAGAAUAG